AUGACAACACCUUCAAUCUCCCGCAAGACACAAAACCUCGAAGCGAAUGCUGUCGUUUCUCUCCUGGUACACGACUGGGUAUCCCAUCGGCCUCCAACGUUAAGCCAGCCAGGUCGCUCGCCCUCGCCAUCGCGUCCUGCACCACGUUCUGGAUCAUUAGCCGAGCUUCUCCUUGGCAUGAACACCGCGUCCUUAAGUCGCAUCAGCGCCACCAUCAAUGGGGUUGCUGAGCUUGUACCUUCUGGUUCUGAAGCAGAGACAUGGUACAAAGCCCAGCACCUAGCUAACAACACCUUCGGUCAAGGUGCCGAGGACACGUACUCGACUUCCCCUGGUGGAGAAGGACUAUGGGGUGGUGGUGGGCUAGGCUCACGAGAAACUGCCGAUGAAACGCUAAGAGAGGGUGACGGGGGCACCAAAUGUUACGUCGAAGGAGCAGAGGUCAGGGUUGUCGUGGUCAAGGUUCGUGACGGGCGCAUCGCAGACUGGAAAGGUCAAGUCCGAGACUGGAGUCUCUCAGAACAUACCCAAGAUGCCAGGACCAACGGAAUACCAUCAUAA